AUGGCGGAGACUAAUAACAACAAAGAUACCAUGCGAUCGGUCGUCUUCGAUGGUCAGCCGUUCGAGGUACAUGUCCGCAAUCUUCCGAAAGCUCAGGUCAUCAAGCGAACGGACGCUGUGGUCCGUGUCACCUCAGCAGCUAUCUGCGGUACUGACCUGCACACUUACCACGGCGUCUUGGGCAGCACCAACGUGCCUUAUCCUCUUGGACAUGAGGCUAUGGGAAUUGUCGAGCAAGUCGGAGCGGAUGUUACGCUUGUGAAGGUUGGGAAUCGGGUCAUCAUCCCAGACUCGCCUGAUAGUGCUGGACUAGAUUUGGAGCCAACGAGUACACCUGCGGUCACAAUCUAUGGAGAGGGCGAGCAAUUUGGCAAUCUGGGAGGCUGCCAAGCCGAGUUUGUCCGUGUCCCACUUGCGGACAAGUCCUUGAUCGUCCUCGGUGAGGAAUUUGAUAAUAUUGAGGAUGAGGAUUUGGUUCCUCUUUCAGAUAUCUUCCCCACCGCAUGGGUUGGAGUCACUUGGUCGGGGUUCGAGCCUGGAGAUACCAUCGCUAUCUUUGGUGCGGGCCCUGUGGGACUUCUCGCGGCAUAUUCGUCAAUCCUCCGGGGGGCCUCCCGGGUGUACUCAAUUGACUCCGUUGAAGAGCGACUUGCACUUGCAGCCUCCAUUGGGGCCAUCCCAAUCAACUUCACCAAGGGCGAACCUUCGGCGCAGAUACUUGCCUUGGAACCAGAUGGCGUUCAGCGCACCUUAGAUUGUAUUGGAGAGGAAUGUGUCAAUGAGAAGAUGAAGCCGGACCAAUCCUUCGUCAUCACGCAGGCAAUUAAGUGCACCAGCGUGGGUGGUGGUCUAGCAGUCGUUGGGGUGCACUUUGCUCAGCCAACUUCCAAAGGAGCUGAGCGAGGGAACUCCAUCUCACCCACUAUGACAUUUCCCAUAACGCUCUUCUGGGAAAAGAACCUGACCAUGCGUGGUGGCGAGGUGGACAGCAAAUUAUUUGUUGAGCCACUGUUGGAACUUGUGAAAGUCGGCAGGGCCAAACCUGGCUUCGUCUUCUCCUCCACCAUUGAUAUCGACGAUGCACCCAAUGGAUAUCGAAGGUUCUCUAAUCAUUUGGAGACCAAGGUCAUGAUCAAAUUCCCCUCGGAUGGAAGACCCAACGAUCAUAUCGCCACGGCAAAGACUUUGAAUAACGCCGAGGGCUUACAUGGGCAAGUACUGGUCCAAUUAUCUCCUCCACUUCCCAAGCUAACAUGUAUCAACAGAGGCCAGAGGCGUAAGGAAGCUAAACGACGUCAAAUGUCCUCCAACGCACCCCACAAGCGGGUUCGACAUCAUACUUGA